UAGUUUUUCCCUAUAUUCGUUUGACAUUGUCAGAAUAUGCUUACUAUUUUAGCCUAUACACUAUUUUGGCACAAAAAAAACAGUAAGCAUGAAUGAAUUUCGGUUUGGAAAUGGAUUUUGUUUAAUGCUAAUGCCUAGUUAAAGACAGAGCAGAAUCAACGCGACGGUAACAUGAAUGAAUUUCGGGUUGGAAAUUGAUUUUGUUUAAUGCUAAUGCCUGGUUAAAAGACAGAGCAAACUAAACGCGACAGUACCGGCUCAAAUCCCGCUUUAAUAUGAGUUUUAUACCAGCUUUCAAUGUGCGCUCAUAUGAAUGCGUUUUAAAUCAAAUCACAGAUGCACUUUUAUUCAGCUGGAUAAAACAGCAGAACAAACCACGUCUAUAGAAAUAAAGCUUUUAUUCCAGUAGGGCUUUUUGAAGGCGAGGGAGAGAAAGUGAGAGAGGGGCGCCAUGGCAGCUGAGGGUGACAGUUAGUUCAUGGUUAACAGGAUCAGCAGUGUCACGGUGAGGGCCGCACACUUCUCCUCUGCGCUCAAAUGUGCAGUGGGCCUGGGUCUGGCGCAACCGAAUGAAGACUUUGCAAAGCCCGUGAUAUUUAACACAUCUGUUAAAGCGUUCCGAGAGCAGAAAUCCGUUUAAGACAUUAUUCCAUGACGAGGUCCAGAUUGAGUGUUGAGAAUCCGAUGAAACACGAAGCCAAUAUGCAUUUUACGCAAUCCACGUAUCCCUAAAUAAAUGCACACUUCAAAGUAGGCUAGUUAAUAAGGGAUGCUAAAUUAAACCACGGCGAUUAGAUUGAGCCUAUCUGUGUUAUCAUGAUUGCGAGAAUGAUUGUCAAUAUUCAUAGCCUAUGUUAUUGAUGCAUUAUUCAUGCGAGAUUUUAUUGUAUUACCAUUGUUGUUGUAAUACGAAUGUUUUGCUGUUUGUUGUCGUCGUUAUGAUCGAGUUAUUAUAGUAUCAUUUUUAGCGUGCUGUAGCUUUCAUUCGAACUUUUGAUCUAAUAAAACACAGCAGGGGAGCUGAAUAAAUAUAGUUGCUUCUUCUGGGUUAAGCCCUCAUUCAGAAGCCCCAAAUUAUGUCUGAAUCUUUUAGGAUCGCUUUUUAAUUAGCCUUGCGUGCGUCUCCACUAAACAAAACCCAAUUGCAGAGCCUCAAUGGAACGUGGUCAAUAUGCAAAAUUGAUGACUAUGCCUCUUUUGUGGAAGGGACAUUGUGUGUUCCCUGCUUAUGGAGUCUAAUCCAAUCAUAAAUUGCACUCUCUGGCCAAUCAGCGCUCCCGGCACGGCGCUUGAAAGCGACCCAUGUAGAGAACUUUGUUGAACCUCAUUGUUGAGGCUGACAGUUCUGAAAGGAGCUUUGGGGCAGCCUGCUAUAAAACGCCUUCCCCAGAGUAGAGGAGCCAGAGGAGUAAAGCUAGUCAUUCAGAUUGGAACCUAUCAGAUCCUCAUUUGUUCUUGACGGAGUAUUUCAACAGAUCGUUUCGUGUUGCGUUAUACUACAGACGGGACCAUGAUGAUCCCAAGCAUCCUUGCGCCUAAUGCGAUGUACCCAGGCCUUUACCGCCCCUCCGCCUCCUUGCCGGUACACCAGUCCCUGCAGAACGCAUUUCCAACCCAUUCCAGCUUCUUAGUGGAGGACCUGCUGCGGAUAAGCAGGCCGGCGGGGUACCACCUCAGACGGACGCUCCCCUCAGCAAGCGUCUCCCCGGCGACAACCACCACCACCAUGUCCUUCAGUGCCAUGCCACUGGAGCGCAUCGUCUCUGCAACUGCCUUGAGGCGCGAAUCAUGCGCGCCGAAAACGUCACAACCGAGCAGUAAAGAUCCAACGUAUCUUAAAUUUGGAGUCAGCGCAAUCCUUGCACCAUCACCAAAGACCGCAUCGUUGCCCCCCGCUAUCCACCACAGUAUGCACCCCAAGGCCUUCUCUCUCCCCUACUUCGACGGAUCCUUCCACCCCGCCUUCUUCAGGUCUGCAUAUUUCCCAGCCUCUUCAUCGGUCGUGCCCAUCCCCGGGACCUUCUCUUGGCCACUGGCCAACAGAGGGAAGCCGAGGAGAGGGAUGCUCAGACGGGCGGUGUUCUCUGACGUGCAGCGCAAAGCUCUGGAGAAGAUGUUCCAGAAACAGAAAUACAUCAGCAAACCAGACAGGAAGAAGCUGGCCUCAAAGCUCGGCCUCAAAGACUCACAGGUUAAAAUCUGGUUCCAGAACCGCAGAAUGAAGUGGAGGAACUCCAAAGAGAGGGAGCUCCUGUCGUCAGGAGGUUGUCGAGAGCAGACCCUGCCCACUAAAACGAACCCACACCCAGAUCUCAGCGACGUCGGCAAGAAGUCCUCCGCGGAGGAAGAGGAGGACGAGGACCCAUUCGGUGCUAGAGGCGCGCCUGGCCUUUGUCAUUCCCCCGCGGCGGGGCGCGAGUUGUCUAACAGCGCCGGAUCGAACCUCUCGUCGCCAUCUCUCUCCAGCAAGCACUCGGAGUUCUCAGAAUCGGAUGAAGAAGAGAUCACAGUUUCAUAAUUUAUUUGCUUAUAAAAUGGUUAUCCACAUAUUAACUGUACCUGUGUGACCAGGUUUGCCAGAGGCUGUAUCCCUUAAUUUAGACCAAUACUAAGAAGACAUUUAUUUUUUUCAUGUUCCACCAAUUUUUUAAACAAUGAACUUCUGUCCAAACAAUUUAAGCUAUAUCCAUGAUUAUUUCUUUAAAAAAAUAACUGCAGGGUUUAUUUUAUAGGAAGGGCCGGCUCUUGCCUUUGACAGCAGAGUCUUAAAGUCAAUUUCCUUAAAUUCUACACAUUUUGCCAUGUGGCAUAUGGAAAAUGAGGCAGUUUUAAAGCAAGUUUUCAGCAGUUCUAUAUAUUUUGCCAUGGGGUGGAAAGAAAAGGUUGCAAUUUUAUUAUACAUUUCAUGCAAUUCUACUCAUUUUGCCAUGGGGCUGAGAAACAUUUUUGCCGUUUUAAAGCAAGUUUUCUGCAGUUCUACACAUUUUGCCAUGGCGCAGAGAGAAAAUGUUGAAAUGUUAUGUCAUUCAGUUCCAUUCAUUUUGCCAUGACAUGUCAUGUUAAUGCUAUCAGAGUGAGAGUGACUAACAAAAUUAAUGGGGCCCUGGGCCCCGUCGGUAUUCAGCCAUAAUUUUCUACAAGUUUUGAUAACUGCCUAGACUAACUUACCAAUCUAAAAAUUGUUUGCAGGAAUGGCUAAUUGAGUGACUGUCAGUGACGGACAAAACAAGAGAAAAGCUGCCAAUGCACAACCAAAUUUCAAACUUGCACCUUGUGUAUUCUACUAUUCUAACUCUCAACAGUAAGUUGAGAACCUGACUGAGUUUGGGGGGCCCUAGUGGCCGGGGGCCCUAAGCGACCACUUAUAUCGCUUAUGCCUGGAGCUGUCCCUGUUUAUAGGAUAUACUUAGAAAUAAUUUGCUGUUUUGCACAGCUCUUUCAAUUGUACAGUAUUUUGUACAACUAUUUGUAUGGAAAUUUUAUGCCAAGAAAAUUGAGUUACCUGGACUUACUUAGAGUUUUUAUUGAAAAGUGUAGAAAUUUUGUGCAUAAUUUAUACGAUUUUGUUAAUUCAAUGUAUUGUGUGUGUGUGUAUAUAUAUGUGUUAAUAUUUCACCAUGUUUUAUUUCAAUGUAUUGUGUGUAUAUUUCACGAUGUUUUGUACAAAUACCAAAUAAAAUGUAA